GUUACUUGUUUUUAGAAAAUAUGAAUUAAAGUGGACAUAACACUGCUUAAAAGUUAUUUAAAUAAUUACCUCCGAGACAAUGACUCACGGAGAUCAGUCUACGAUCCUUCACAAAUCCGAGGAGCGUGGUGUUAUUAAUAAAGAAUUGUUAAUAGCCUUGGUAACCGAACAAGGACCAAAACGAGAGGCUGGUAGACUCUUUCUCGAAGAUGGAAUUCAAUUAGAAAAUGUCACUGACAUUCGAAUAGAAUUUCUCAAUAUUUUAAAUAUCGAUCACCUGUGGGUUAUGCCAAAUUUAGUGAAAUUAAAGUUAUCUAAUAAUAGGAUAGAGAAAAUUGAAAAUCUAGAUAUGCUGGUCAAUCUGAAAGAAUUAGAUUUAUCCUUUAAUAAUAUAUGUAUAAUGGAGAAUUUAAAUAACUUGAAAAAAUUGGAGGUCUUACAGCUCUUCGAGAAUGAAAUAUCUGUCGUCGAAGGCAUAGAUGAUUUGCAAGGGCUGACAAUUUUUAGUAUUGGCAAUAAUAAAAUUGCUGAUUGGGAUCAUGUUAUGUACUUAAGGAAAUUCAAAAAAUUACGCAGUCUUAAUAUUUCUGGAAAUUCUUGCAUGGAACAAGAGGGUUAUUUAGAUUAUUUAUUCGCGUUUAUGCCACAACUUGUAUAUUUUCAGUACAAGAUGAUCAAGGAAGAGCAGCGUCAAGCUGCUGUCCAAAUACAUUUUCGAGCUAUUCAUAAAUUAGAGGAAAAGGAAGCAAAAGAAAAAGAGGAGGUCGACAAACAAAAAGCAUUCGAAGAGCAUAUUGCUCUUCUAUCAAUUUCUUAUGUUGAAUAUCUAGAUGGAGAUUAUUUGUUUGAAAAAAUGUUUGAACACGAUAAGGACGGCAAAGACCUACAGGGAUUAAAUGAUGACACUCAAAAUGCCUUUGAAGAGUACAGAAAAAUUUUUUCUGCUAUAAGUCAGGAGCUUUAUGAACUCGGUCUGAAGGAACAAAUCAAAAGAUCUGAUGAAAUUACAUUAUUUAAAGACAUUGUCAAUGAAGGGAAGGAUGCCAAUCAAAAAGAUGCAAGGCAAAUAGUAGAUGAUGUACUGGAGAAAAAAGCUGAAAUUAUUUCUGGCAUAAAAGAAUUGAUUGAAUCGAUGACAGAAGAAUUGGAUCCUGAUAUACUCUAUGAAAAGGUGGAGAGCGCUCAGCAUCAUUCUGAACAAUUCAAUGAUUUACUCUCAAAAACUUGGGCAAAGCUGAUGCAUCAGGAAGUAGUACUGCACGAGCAGAUGGAAGACAUCAAUGAGGUCUUCAAGAUCAAUAUGACAGAUAUGGUUGGACAGUUCUUGGAAACAGCUCAAGGAUAUUUUUCUCAAAUGCGCAGCAUCGAAUCAGAGUUUAACAAUACCAUGGGAGUAUUGGCAACUCUUGUCAUGAACAGUUAUGGUGGUCCCGAUGAUGCAAAAAUGCCUCCUCAUCUAUUAGAUAUUUGUGGCGACAAGGAUACACUUAGUAACAAUCUUGCUGCAACUCAUGAUAUACAUUUACAGGUAAUAGAUGACAGAGAAGAUCGUAUGGUCAGUCGAUUAAAAACGUGGGUUGAAGAGUAUACAGAAAAGAACGUUAGCGAGGAGAGAGAUCGUCAUCGACGUCAAGUUUUAGAAAUAUCUCAUUUUCUGGAUUACCAACGAACAGAGUUCAAUGCAUUACAACUGCAGAAUGCAGGCAACACCGAUCCAGACGUUGCUGCAGUACUUGAGGAAUAAAUAACUACGUUUCAUCAAUUUAGCAUUUUUAUACCACUUUUAUAUAAAAGAUAUAAACGUGUGUUAAAACUCGUUUAAAAGGUCGUAUACUUCAAAGGUGUACAAAGUAUGUAUAAACUAUGUGUAACAAAGAUUUUAUAAACAUUUCACUGUACGAAAAUA